AUUGUAGUUUCACAUUCACAACAGUUUGAUUGAAUCUUUAUUUCGAUUUGUUUAUUUUUCUAGCUUAACGCUGUAUUUAAAGGCUGAUUGUGUAAAGUUUCAGUUUUGCGGAACAGUUCUGCAUUCUAAUCGUCCAAAUAAUUGACCUCUGUGAAUAUAACAAAGCGCCAUCUAUUGUAACACAUUCCCUUACUUCGGGUCGAAAUUGUAGCACUGCGACCAAAGCUUUAUCAUUCUUGAAAUAAUAACAAACACAAAUCGCUGUCAAAAACACAACAACACGGCAACGGUGCCACAUUCUGCACAAUACCGAAUUUAUCGUUCUGUGCGAUUUUGCCCACUACCGAAGUUGUGUAUUAAAAUAUCUAUCCAUCGAAAUCUACGGAAAGGUUGACCCUACUCUCAUCUUACACUGUAUCGGCAAAAUUAGUUGAUCAUGAAGGACGAAACCCAGCAAUUUGAUGUGGCAUCGCACUUUGUUAGCAUUCUGGAGAAGGAUGAUACCAUAUCGCCUGGCAUUGCGGCCAUUAAAACGCUGCUGAUGGUGCUGGAGAAGACCAAAUUUGAUACUGUGCAGGAGUUUCAUUCGACUCUUCAGGCAGCGGUGGGAGCGAUGCGUAAAACGGAUAAACCGAUGACAUCGGUCGUGUCGGGGACGGAACUGUUCUCACGCUUCAUUACGUUGGCCAAGUUUGACGACAAAACGAUGGACGAAGUGCGAGAAAUUAUGUUAAACCGUGGCAAAAUGUUUCUCGAGAAGCUGCUGGAAAGUAGGAACGUAAUUGCCAAACAGGCCAUCACGUUCAUCAGCGAAGGAUGUCGAAUUCUCACACACGCACGAUCGCGAACAGUUCGGGAGGCGCUGAUAUUGGCCGCACAGAAUAACAAACGGUUUCACGUGUUUGUUACUCACAGUGCACCGGAUCAGCAUGGGGAGCAAAUGGUGCAAGAGCUGGAGAAUGCCGGUAUCGACUGUACGCUAAUCCUUGACACGGCCAUCGGGUACGUGAUGGAAACGGUGGACAUGGUGCUGGUCGGUGCCGAAGGUGUGGUUGAAAGUGGUGGCAUCAUCAACCGUAUUGGCACUGUGACGAUGGCGAUAUGUGCCAAGGAGAUGAAGAAACCGUUUUACGCGUUGGUGGAAAGCUUCAAAUUCUGUCGACUGUUUCCACUCAAUCAGCGGGACCUACCGAAUGAGUAUAAGUACAACAAGAAAAAUUUAAAGGACACGACAAAGGUACACCCCAUGGUUGACUAUACGCCACCCGGAUACAUUACUUUGCUCUUUACCGACCUGGGCAUUCUGGCCCCGUCAGCGGUUAGUGAUGAAUUGAUUAAAUUGUAUCUGUAGGGUUGCUUUUAUUUUCCAAUAUGGAUGCCGAAUGGCAAUGAAAAUAAAAUUACUGUAGAUACCUUCA